ACCAAUCUUACAAUAAUUUUUACUCAAAAACAUUAAUUUACAGAAGAAGUAGAUAGGAACCCCUCCACUCUCCAGCUAGCAUUCUCUGCUAAAAUGACACCCUCUUGCAGAGACGCUCUAAGGUUCAUCUUCCUCUUAUGGUCAUUUUAGCCUUUUAGGGUAAUUAGUAGGGGAGGAUGAAUCAGCGCCAGUGACCAAUUUCGUUACAAAUAAGAAAAGAAGGAAACAAAAUCAGAAGCAACAUCGUUAACAGCUCAUCUCCUGCGUGCUGUAGAAAAGGAGGGCGAAGGGGACCCAUGACGGCCAGACCUAGGAGGAGUUGACUUGCACGCGGAAUAACUUCCAGCUUCUGGGUCUGAUUCUCUGAUUCUGGAGAAAGAGGCUCUGCAAUAUAAUAAGGCAGGGAGUAGGCAGGCACUUUUUGCUUCUGUAUCUAAGGACUAAAGCGAUCACUAAUGGCUGAGAUGGCCACAGAAGAGGAAGAAUUUCUCACCAAAGACGGAACUGUGGAUUAUGAAGGGAAUCCUGCUGAUAAGAGGAAGACAGGAACCUGGAAGGCCUGCCCCUACAUCAUAGGAAAUGAAUGCUGCGAGAGAUUGGCUUACUAUGGCAUGAGCUCCAACCUCGUGCUUUACUUCAAGAACAGGCUCAACCAAAGCAGCGCCACUGCUACCAAAAACAACUCAGACUGGAGUGGAACGUGCUACAUCACACCCCUUCUUGGAGCAUUUCUGGCCGAUGCUUAUCUCGGUAGAUACUGGACCAUUGCUGGCUUCUCAAUCAUCUAUGUCUUUGGGAUGACACUUCUGACUAUGUCAGCAUCAAUGCCUGGCCUGAGACCAGCAUGUACUGCAGAGGACAAGUGCCAAUCCACUGAUGGCCAGAGCGCGGUUUUCUUUGUAGCUCUCUACAUGAUAGCUCUAGGGACGGGAGGGAUCAAGCCUUGUGUGUCUUCCUACGGGGCUGACCAGUUUGAUGAUGCUGACCCGGUUGAGAAGGAGCACAAGGCUUCUUUCUUCAACUGGUUCUACUUUUCCAUCAACGUUGGUGCCUUGAUUGCUAGCUCUGUGCUGGUUUGGGUCCAGGACAAUGUGAGCUGGGGAUGGGGUCUUGGGAUUCCAGCCAUAGCCAUGGCGAUUGCUGUUGUUAGCUUCUUUACAGGUACACGGAAGUAUAGAUAUCAGAAACCUGGAGGCAGCCCUCUAACACGAAUCUGUCAGGUGAUGGUGGCCUCCUUCAGAAAGUACAGAGUUAAUGUCCCCGAUGACAAAUCCCUUCUCUAUGAGAAUGCCGAUUCUGAAUCCAAUAUUGCUGGCAGCCGCAAACUUGACCAUACCAAAGACUUCAGUUUCCUGGACAAGGCAGCUGUGGAGACAGAGGAAGACCAGAUAAAGGAGUCUACAGUCGACCCAUGGAGGCUCUGCACAGUAACCCAAGUGGAGGAAUUCAAAGCAAUUAUCCGCCUGCUCCCCAUAUGGGCGACUGGGAUAGUGUUUGCAGCAGUGUACAGCCAAAUGAGCAACCUCUUUAUCCUCCAAGGAGACACAAUGGACAAGCGAGUUGGCCACUCCAAGUUCAAGAUCUCGGCAGCAAACGUCUCAGUGUUCGACACACUCAGCGUCAUCUUCUGGGUCCCCAUCUACGACAGGAUCAUUGUCCCGGCUGUCAGGAAAUUCACAGGCCACAAAAAUGGGUUCACCCAGCUCCAACGGAUGGGAAUCGGGCUCGUCAUCUCCAUCUUCGCCAUGGUCUACCCGGCAAUCCUGGAGCUCAUAAGGCUGCGGAUGGUGAGGGAGCACAACUACUAUGAGCUCGACUCUGUCCCCAUCUCCAUAUUCUGGCAGGUCCCGCAGUAUUUCCUGAUCGGGUGUGCUGAAGUGUUCACCUUCAUCGGGCAGCUGGAGUUCUUCUACGAUCAGGCGCCUGAUGCAAUGAGGAGCUUGUGCUCGGCUCUUUCCUUGACGACUGUGGCACUGGGGAACUACCUGAGCUCCCUGCUGGUCACCAUUGUUACUGGUUUGACCACCAGAGGAGGUAAGCCUGGGUGGAUUCCUGAUAACUUGAACUAUGGGCACGUGGAUUACUUCUUCUGGCUGCUGGCGGUUCUUAGCGUUGUCAACUUGGUGGCGUUUAUGGUGAUUGCUAACUGGUAUACGUACAAGAAGCCUGUGGGUACUCUGCGCUGAUGUUAUUUUCUUCUUGUUUGCUUGUUUGUGAAGGAACACUGGUGUAAAUAGAUUUAACAUUUAUACGAUGGUAUUUUCUUGUUUGUUGUGUUUAAUAAUUUCUUUCUUUCAAAAAUUAUAUUGUCAAAGAAAUAGCUAGCAGUGUAAUUUGGAUUGAUUGAUGCUCUUACAUACCGUGUACCUCACGUAAACCAUCAACUUGAUAUCAACUAUACUUUGGUAUUUGCAUAAUGUGGAAUGAUGGAGGUUUCUAUUCUUCUAUAAAUAGUUCGGACUCCUGAGAAUACCACUGGGCAAAUA